AUGGACAGCGACGAAGACUUCUACGAUGUCGACGACGCCUACGACGACGAGGAGGACGAGGCGAUGGAGGGGGACGACAACGACGAUGAGUGGCAGCCCCAGGUGGAGGACUCCGCGCCGCCGGAGCUUCCACUGGAGUUUACGGCCAUUAAAAAGGAGUCCCUUUCAGUGGCACAGCAGCAAGACCUCUCCAUGGUGAUGGGCGUGUUCAACAUAAAGCAGCACCACGCGCGUGCUCUCCUCAUCCACUACCGGUGGAACACCGAUCGCCUCAACGACCACCUGGAUAGGAAAGGACAGGACCGUAUGCUCAUGGAGGCAGGCGUCGUGUUGCAGGAGAACAACAGGGUGGUUUCAUCAGCUGGCUCCAAGACACCCUCACGAAAGAAGGUGACCUGCAUGGUGUGUUUCGAGGACUUCUCCCCACGUGCCACCUCGGCCAUGGACUGCGGGCAUUUCUUCUGCAACGACUGCUGGACCGGGUACUUUGUUGCCGCCCUUGACAGCGGCAAGAAGCAGAUCCGGUGCAUGGAGGUGAAGUGCCCUGCCAUCUGUGACGAGGAUGUGGUUCUGCGCCUCCUCAGCCAAAGAGACCAUGCUGCAGCCGAGCGGCUCCGCGACUUCCUCCUCCAGUCAUACGUGGAUGACAACAGUGCCGUGAAGUGGUGCCCCAGCGUCCCGCACUGUGGCCGCGCGAUCCGUCUGGCCGCCGCUGAUGCGGAGCCACUGUGCGAGGUGGAGUGCCCCUGUGGCAUCAGCUUCUGCUUCCGGUGCGCUGCGACCACGCACUCGCCGUGCCCAUGCGUGAUGUGGGAGCGCUGGGAGGCCAAGCGCCGCAGCGAGGCGGAGAACGUCAAGUGGAUGCUCGUCAACACCAAGAACUGCCCCAAGUGCUUCAAGCCCAUCAUCAAGGAAGAAGGCUGCAACCUAAUCACCUGCAAGUGCGGCCAGUAUUUCUGCUGGCUGUGCGGUGGUGCCACCGGGGCUGCUCACACUUGGACCAGCAUCGCUGGGCACAGCUGCAACCGCUUUGAGGAGAAGGAGAAGAAGGUGGUGGACAACGCCAAGCGGCAGCUGCGGCGGUACGAGCACUACUACAAUCGGUUCCAGAACCACGGCGUGUCGUGCAAGGCGGAACGCGAGAAGUUAGGGCCGGCCGUCGCGGAGAGCGCGAAGAAGCUGGAGGCGCACGACAGCAUCUUGAUCAAGGACGCGUCAUGGCUGGCCAACGCGCACCGGAGCCUGCUGCUGUGCCGCCAGGUGCUGACGCAGUCGUACGUGUUUGCCUUCUACAUGUUUGACGGCGAGGAGACGCGGACUAGACCGCUGGAGCCCGGGAGCCUGACCAUGGCGCAGAGGCAGAAUCUGUUCGAGGACUACCAGCAGCAGGUGGAGGGCAACGUCGAGCGGCUGUCUGAGCUGCUGGGAAGGGACAUGAUUGAGCUGCCGGAAGAGGAGAUCAUGCAGGCGAGGCAGGACGCCGUCAACCUCGUCAAGGUCGUCGAGACGCACUGCAGGAAGAUGUACAGCUGCAUCCAGGACGAGCUGCUGCCGAUGCUCGUGGAGCCCAUGUCCAUCGCGUCGUACCAGCCUGGCGGCCCCAGCAAGGCCAAAGAGCUGCCGGCUUGA